AUGCACUGCAUUUGUAAGGCUCACCCAUCGCUCUUCAAUCCCGGCGUACGAGAGAAGGCUUUGAAGCGAUCCCUUCUACGCGCACUUGGCGAGGCGCGUGCUCGUUCCGGCUGCAGUCGCAUGUCUUCAGCAGUGCUGCUGGGGGAGGUGGCCCAAGUGACAGCUGGUGCAGCGCUGGUGUUCCUGCGAAGGCCAGACUCCCUUUUCCUAGAGGCAUUGCCUGCCCAGGGCUUGCCAGCACUAGAGCCCGACAUGGAGCCACCGGCGGCAAAUGCCACGGAAGACCAGAGCGCUGAUAUCUUCACUUCACUGCCAGUGGCCAAAGCGCAGCCACUGGAAGCUUCGGCCGCCGCCGAUGCUGUCAAGGAUGUUCUCCUGCGCUGCCUGCCGGCAUUCCGUUUGGGCGUGAGUGGUGACUGUUUGACCCACAUCAUCCGGCUUACAGAGGCUCCUGCAUUCUUUACGAUGAGCCACAAAGAGAAGGCCUUUGAGGUCUCGGUUCAGUCCAUUGCAGACAACAUCAUCGCGGAAUGGCUGAGACAACCUGAUUGUGCCAUCAUGCGGACGGACGCAUCUUGCUUAGGUUUGGGCUGCGCUGUCGACAUAGACCACGACGACAAGGGCAUCGUCUUUGCGUUCGUUGUCUGA